AAAUAAACGUAUACGAAAACAAAAAUGUUGGAUACAUUAUGUGGGGAUGUGUUGGUAUUGUGUUUGGAGAUUCCUUGGAAGUUUUCAGGCGGACAUUUUCGAUUAGCAGUCAACCACGCCAGCACUUAACAAUGGAAGGAGCUAAAACCGCCCAAAAAUCGAAUAAAAAUCCUAUUCAAGAUGAGGAAAAAGUCAUCGAAUUGAUCAAUUUGGUAAAAACUUAUCCGUGCAUCUGGUUAGAUACUGAUCGCCAGUAUAAAAAUAACGAAAUAAGGCAUCAAGCCUGGCAACAGAUAGCAUCCGUGCUGGAGGAGGAUCCACAGUGCGUUCAUGCUAAAUGGAGGAAUUUAAUGAAUUCCUACCGGCGGACUAAAAAGGAGAUCGCUUUGAGUCAGACAACAGGUUCCGGUUCCAGCGAGCUAUUGAAGGAGGUUUGGUAUGCCUACAAGCAUAUGUCGUUUCUACAUGAAACGACAGCUCCACGUCGUACAAUCAAUACUGCAAACCUUGAAGGAACUUCUCGGGAACCUGUUGUUAUCUCGACCGCUCCUGCAACCGCCGCUUCAUGCAGUUCAACUGCCUCAACAACAGCCACGACAACUGCCACAACAUCCUCCACUGGCUCCUCUAGUGGCAUGCUAGAGGGUCGCACAGCGUCCAAAGGACGCAAAAGAAAAUUUAGUGAAACGACUCGAUCAAGUCAGAUUAGCGAAUGCUUGACAGCCAUUCAAAGCAUUGCUAAUACUGCUACUGCUGCUGCACCUUGCACAAAAGCCAGGGCUCUGGGCAACUUUGUAGAGGCACAAGUUGCCACUUUCGAAGAUAAACAUCCAGAGUUCUGUGCUAAACUGAUCAGGUCCAUAACGACGGUCAUGAAUGAUCAAAUUGAUCAAUUUUAUGCGGACCAACAUGCCUCCUCGAUGCAUGAUCAUGCAUAUCUGUAG